AUGUCUGGAAACUGCUGUUCUAGGAAAUGCCCAUCCGUGCCAGGCAUCUCUCUCUGCUCCACUGAGGUGACCUGCGGAGGGCCUGUCUGCUUGCCCAGUUCCUGCCGGAGCCAGACAUGGCAACUGGUGACUUGCCAAGAUAGCUGUGGAUCAUCUAGCUGUGGCCCACAAUGCUGUGAGCCCUCCUGUUCUGUGAGCAGCUGUGCCCAGCCUGUGUGCUGUGAGGCCACCAUUUGUGAGCCUUCUUGUGUUGUGAGCAGCUGUGCCCAGGCUGUGUGCUGUGAGGCCACCAUUUGUGAGCCUGCCUGUUCCGUGAGCAGCUGUGCCCAGCCUGUGUGCUGUGAGGCCACCAUUUGUGAGCCUGCCUGUUCCGUGAGUAGCUGUGCCCAGCCUGUGUGCUGUGAGGCCACCAUUUGUGAGCCUGCCUGUUCCGUGAGUAGCUGUGCCCAGCCUGUGUGCUGUGAGGCCACCAUUUGUGAGCCUUCUUGCUCAGUGAGCAGUUGCUGCCAACCUGUGUGCUGUGAAGCCCCUUCCUGCCAGUCGGUCCUUUGUGUACCCACUCCCUGCCAGUCCAUCAUCUGUGAGCCCAGCUGCUGCCAGCCAGUCAUCUGUGAACCCAGUUGCUGUUCAGCUGUCUGCACUGUGCCUAGUUCCUGCCAGCCAGUGGUCUGUGAGCCUGUCUGUCAGCCAGUCUGCCCCACGCCUAGCUGCUGUCCAUCUGUCUGCUCUGUGGCUAAUAGCUGCCAGGCUGUCUGCUGUGACUCCAGUCCUUGUGAGCCACCUUGCUCAGAGCCCGGCAAUUGCCAGCCAGCUCCCUGUGUGGCUCUGGUCUGUGAGCCUGUCUGCCUUCGCCCUGUGUGCUGUGUUCCAAGCCCUUGCGAGCCGCCUUGUGUCUCCAGCACUUGCCAAGAGCCUUCUUGUUGUGUCUCUAGCAUCUGCCAACCCAUCUGCUCUGAGCCCAGCCCCUGCUCAGCAAGUAUAUGUGUGCCCAGUCCAUGCCAACCUACCUGCUAUGUAGUCAAGCGCUGUCGGUCUGUCUGCUGUGAGCCUGUUUCCUGCCCAUCUACCUCCUGCCAACCUUUCUGCUGCCGCCCAGGGUCUUCUGCAUCUGCCAUCUGCCAGCCAACUUGCUCUCGGACUUUCUACAUACCCAGCUCCUGCAAACAGCCUUGCUCUCCUUCGGUUUCUUACCGCCCAAUCUGUCGUCCAAUCUGUCGUCCAAUCUGCUCUGGACCCAUUACUUACAGGCAGCCGUAUGUGACAUCCAUCUCCUAUCGCCCUGCCUGCUACCGCCCAUGCUACUCCAUCCUGCGCCGCCCGGCCUGUGUCACUUCACUCUCUUAUCGUCCGGUCUGCUCCCACCUGCCUUGUGCUGACUCCUGUAAACGAGCUUGCAAAAAGUCUACUUCCAGCCAACCGGAUUGCACUGACUCAACGACCUGCAAGGCUGAGGUCUCAGAUGCCAGUCCCUGUCAGCCCACUGAGGCCAAAUCCACCAGCCCAGUCACCCGUGAGGCUGAAGCCAGCCCGCCUACUGCCACCAAGCCGGCCGACCACUGA